AUGUCGGCAGAAGAGGCGCCUCCAGCAAUUGUUACUUCGUUGACUGCACCCACAGCGGCAGGCGAAGCGAUCAACGACUCGUCCAACGCGAAAUCACCGAAACCGGCGGCGGGAAAGACGGCGGGAUCGUCUUCGAGCGCAGCGCGGCCGUGCAAGCGGUCGAAGCUGAUCCUGUUUGAGCACCGACUGCCGCGCGACGGGCAUGUGUGGCUCAAGUACGGGCAGAAGGAACUGUCAGGCGGCACGCACACCAGGCACUACUUCCGCUGCGCGCACCGCGUGGGCGACGAGCAGUGCGAUGCGAAGCGCGUGGUGGACUUCAACAAGAUUUCGCCGGCCAGCGACCUCGCCAUCUCCUACAGCGGCCGGCACCUGCACGCGCCGCCCGCCACCAUCAUGAUGGGCCUGCACGCCGCCGCGCUCCCCUCGCCGCACGCCGCCGCUGAUGCGUCGCCUGUUGGCGGCAGCGGCGUCGGGUGGGCAGGCGAGCAGCGGCUAUCCGCUGAGCGGGAGAGUGCAGCGGAGAGUGAGGGCGGAUGGGCGGGGGAGACGGGCGCACCUCGGGAGGCGACGCCGGGCGUGGCAGCAGCAGGUGCGGCUGCUGCAGGCGGCGGUGGGUGGAAUGGCGCUUCGGGACAGGCAGCCGCCACUGCUGCUGGCCUGGCAGCUCAGUGGCACGAAUGGCGGCAGGAGGAGAAGAUGAGGGGGACGGCGGUGGGGGCAGCUGCAGCUGGAGGGGGGGCCAGAGGAGGUGGUGAUUUGUUUGGGGCGCAGCCAAGCACGGAUCGGUUGGGGGCGAGUGGAGCACAGCAGCCCAUGCCCGUGCUUACUCCCCCCCAGCACCAUCCGUCCGCGUCCGCCUCUGCGUCUCCCCUUCCCCCCACCAGCAGCGCUGCGUGGCACCACCCCCCCUCUGACUCCGCCCCGGUCACCCCUCAAGGCCCUGCCACGUGCGGCUUGCCAUGGGCUGCGGACGAGGCGGGCGCGGGGGGCGUGGCUGCAGCGGAACGCGCUCCUCCUGGGGCGCAGUGCAGCGAUCACCCCGCCGCCAUGGGCGCAGCAGCGCCCGCCGUGGCAGCCCCGCCCGCAGUAGCCCGCCUGAGGCGCGCGGACGAGCGGCUGUCCGCGGACGACCUGCACGCCAUGGCCGCGCAUGCCGCCCACUGGGACCCCCCCGCGCCCGUGGCACAGCCUCCGCAUGACACACUUUCCCUGGAGCUGCCGCUUUCCGCUCGCCCUGCCCUCACCUCCCUCGCAUGCCCCUCCGACCCUCUCCCCUUUACGACGCUCGCCUUCUCGCAACCCAGCACUGCCCCCACACGCCCCCCCGACCCCGCCGCCAUGCCGGAGUGGAUGCGGCGCCUGCAGCGCUGCCGCAGCAGCGUGGCAUGGCAGCUGUUGCAGGGGGAGGGGGAGGGGGAGGGGGAGGGGGAGGGGGAGGGGCAGGCGCAGGGCGAGGGGGAGGGCGGGCCGCGGCGGAUUCUGAUCUCAGAGAACAGCUUUGGCGCGCUGGUGGUGCAGAAUGUGCUCACAGGCACUGCAGGCGUGGGGGUGUGCGCGGGCAGCGGGAUGGAGGGCGCAGGGGAGAGCGGGGGGCCCGUGGGGGGAGGGUUGGCAGGCGGGGAUGUGGCUGUGAUGGCCGGGGGGUUUGGGGCAGAGAUGGCAGCGGGGUGGGCGGGAGAGACAGUGGGGGAGAGUCAGGUGGGGGCAGAGGGGGCGAGGCAGGAGGAGCAGCAGGGGGAGAAGCAGGAGCAGGUGGUGUGGCGGGGUGAGAGCAGCGGGGUGGGUCGAGGGGGAGAGGUGUCAUUUGAUGCAGAACAGCUCUUCUCCCUGCUGCACAGCCUGCCCACCCUCGACUGCCCCAUGCCUGAGUGA